CCUGUGCUGAGCCAGGUGCUGAGAGCAGCACUGAUCCUGUUAUGUUGAGGCUGCCCAUCUGCCUCCAUCCCAACUGUGGUUCAGGAGCUGUAAAACUAUUUGCAUUUUCAAUCUAUCAGAUGGCUUUGAACACAACCAGUGCCAACGAGGCUAUUUGAACGCUUUAUAUUUGCCAAAAGACUGUUUAACUUACAGCUCUGCCAAGCAAAUUAUUAAGAAAUACUGUAUUUUCAGAAGAGUUAUGUUUUCCAGGGAGAAGUGCAAGAGAUGAAACCCCAAACACUGGAGAUGACCCUAAUCACCUUUGUUCUUGGAAAACCGUAUUCAGCUACAAAAAUAGGGGAUAAAAUCCAAAGCAACUGACAUCUCCUUUGAGGCUGGAGGACUCUGUGUGGCUUUGGGUUUGUAACCCAUAUGGACCUGUUUCAAGCUGAGUGACAUCUAGUGUGGGCUGUGCGCACUGCACAAGCUUUACUCCGGGGAAUAGGCACUUUGAAAUGAGCAAGGGAUUAGGAGCAUGAAGUGAGUGUGAGGCCUGUCCCAGCACCAUUAGGGCAGAACUGCACGCAUGGCGUGGGGCGGGGGGCACGGUUUUCUGUUGAGUGAGGGCAAGGGAAGCAUUGAUGUUUCUUGAUCGGUCUCAGAGCUGUUCUCACACUUGAAGGGGACUCUACUGACUCAUUCUCGGAGAGGGUGUGUGAGUUUGUUGAUGGAGGAGACCUGCCUCCCUGAGCUCUCUUUCCUCCGCCCUGGCUGGUCUUGCUUUUUCUACAGUGAUGACCUUGGAGACCUUCAGGCUUAGGAUCUCUCAGGGCCAGAUGUGCGGCCUGGGAGCUGGGCCCGAGAGCGGUGCCCUCCUCAAGCGCUCCAAAGUCACUCUGUCCUUCCCUCCUGCUCUCUUCCUGACGUUAAGAGAGGACUGAGACUCGCGAGAGAAGACUCACGGACCCCAAGGACGGAUUAACUUGGCAGCCCCUCCCCUCUGUUCAGAGCCAGCCCAACUCAGAGAACUCAGAGUCGGCCUCGAGAGUAAAGCUCUUUGAGCUUACAAAAAAAAAAAAAAAAGACAAACCUAUCAUAAAUGUCAGUCCAAUAUCCACGGGGGCGAGCGACAGCAGGUGAGAAACCUGGAAAUGAGCCCGAAGAGGUGAAACUGCAGAAUGCCAGCAAACAGAUUGUGCAGCGUGCCAUCCUGCAAGCUGUGCGGCAAGUGUCCCGAGAGAGUCGGCGCGAGGAGGAGAGAACCAGCGACAACCCGGGCAGCUUCCAGCUGGGCGUGGGGGAGUUAACUAAGAAACAUGAAAAGAAAUAACACGGUGGAUUUGGCUCUUGUCGUGUGCUUGGUUUCCAGCCUUCCUCUUAGCAUAGGAUGCGUCGCCAAAAUGUUGCCAAUAAAGCAAACCAAAGUGUCAUUGGCACCUAGCAGUAGAAUGAAUUCGCGCUAGCCCCCGGCUGAGGAGCACUGUCUUGAAAAAGUGCAUUAGAUGAUUCUGUUCGUGUUUAUGCAGUGCUUCUGAAACACAGGGGGCCAGACAUGACACUGUCAUUGCAAAAGUAGUUUUGCAGCCCAGUUUAUUUUUAAAGUUCUUAAAAAAAAAAAAUUCUAAGUCUUGUUUAUUUACUUCUGCCUUUUAUGCAUUCAUUCUGUGAAUUUAACCAGCAGGGUUUUUUUUUUGUUUUUGUUUCUUUUGCUGAAAUACUGAGUACAGUACUAUGUUCUUUAUAAUAUUUUAAAAAGACAUGCUGGAAGGUGAGGGAAUGGAGUCUUAGUCACCUUCAAAUAGGGGACUUGAAGGCUUUUAUGAAGUGGGUUCAGAUCCAAGAUUAAAUUAAGCAAAGCCAGAUUCUAAGACUGUCCUUCAGGAUCUUACCAAGGCAUAUUUUUCUAUUACUUUUAAAAAGGGAGGAGUUUAGGCUUCUCAAGAACUCAAUCUUUCAGUCACAGUACUCUGAAUUAUUUGAUAAUUAGUAUUUACACUUUGGUAAUAUUAUGGAUUUCUUUUACCAUCUCAAGACUAAAUAAAAUGAGAUAAGUGACUCUAUAUGCAUGAGUUGCCAAACACUCAAUUCUUUAGCAGCCCCAUGAAGAACAAUUAAAAUUGCAGAUUCUUUAAACUGCUGCCUAUGCUGGAGAGACUUACACUUGGGUAGGAUUACGGGGUGCAGCAACAUCCUUGGAAGGAAUUCUGGGGCCUUAAAUAUGCUGUGUCAUCAUCAGGCUAUGCAUUUGCACUAGUACCUUAUUAGCUUUUCCCAUUCAUAAAUCAGAAUUUUUUUGAGAUUAUAAAGACCCUACAGGUUAGGAAUGAAUUGACACUUAAAGUGGGAAAAACAUUUUUUCAACUCUCUGAAGCAUGAAAAUACAGUAGGAACAAUAAAGUGACAGUUGUGAAUGCAGUUACAGACAUAUGUAUGCACGUGCAGAAAUAAAGCCAUCUCUAUAGCAACGGGAUGACUUCCUGCUUCACUCCUGUGCAGAUGAUGCACAUCUUUCUGAAGUCUCUAGAGUCCCACUUCCUGGACUUCACAAAAGUUAGUGAGUUGAUGGUGCUAGUGGGACAGAGGAAGAAUCUGACCUUGCUUAAAAACUUUUUAGUUCCAGAGUAUCAAUGUCUACAUUGGAUUAUUCUUUUUAAAGCAAAGUACUAGCAUAUAAAGUGUGACUGAUAUUAAGAUAGACUUCUAAAAUUCCAAUAGGUUACAGUUUCCAGAAUGGAUACUUGGAAAUUAGCUGAUGAAUGAAAAAAAUCUCAUAUCAACUUGGUUAGACUACUUCCCACAGUGUACAGGUGGAGUAAAUUCACAAGGAGAAUGGGUGGGGAGGAGGCAGAGAGGCUUAAUUUUUUAAUUAUUGUUUACGUAUAAAUAUUUUUUAGCAGAUCUCAUGCGAACUGAAGAAUGAGUUUAAGUUGUAUAACUGAUGUGAUAUAAUGGCACAGUAUGAAUUGUACAGAAUGAAGGUAUCCAGGGAAAUUAUUCAGGAGUACUCACAAAUAAGAAAAUAAGCCUAAUACUUGUAGUUUGCGAGUGACCUGGCACUAUGCCUACUAUGAUGUUUGGAUAUAACCAGCCUUGGUUUUUGCUGUCACGUGGCACAGACACAAAAACAUGCUGUCUUUCUUCUCUGGUGUGUCUGUGCUAAUGAACUGGGGGUCUUUGGAACAUCUUAUUAACCUCUGUAUCUAAAUGUUAUUUAUAAAUAAAACAUAUCCAGCUUUGAAA